UUUCUUCGUGUUUACUCCCCUCGUUACCAAGAACCCGUUCGUCUAGCCCACUUCUGAUUCGUUCCAAGUGAAAUAAGCUGGUCAGUGAAUAGCGAAAGAAAACAGAAACCAGCCUCCCUUGUUCAGCCAUGGAUCGUGUCCAUCUUAGCAGGGGUCUGGAGGAAAGGCGGCGUGUGCUCUCUUUCGCCCUCCCAGUCCAGCUCCUCUUCUCAUCUCCAGGCCUAGGAGAUGCGCUGCUCCACCCUUCAUGACCGGGCGAAGGUACCGUCGUCCCUGACCCAUCCCAUUACCUUACCGCAAGGCAGGGCCCCAAGGUAGUGUAGCACAGGCACUAAGGUAGAGAGCCCAGUCAGUGUCCACUGCCCCCAGUUCCCAUGUCGUGUUCCAUUGCGCCCAUCUCUGUAUAUAAGUUCAUUUCCUCCAGGCCAUCCCGUCUCCCGUUUCCCUUUCCCUCCUCACCCACACUCACUCAUUCAGUACCGACCCAGACUUUUUAGUCGCUUUCACUCGUUAACCCAACCACCUAAUCCUCAACUCGCAUCUACAACUCUUUCGAGUCUUAAUACCAAGUUCUCCUCCCCAAACAACCGUCAAAAUGAAGUUCUCCGCUGCCGCCCUUGUCCUCGCCGCCACCGGCGCCAUGGCCAACAAGAACGUCACCUACGUCACUGAGGUCGUCUCUGCCUACACCACCUACUGCCCUGGUCCCACUGUCAUCUCCCACGCUGACAAGACCUACACCAUCACCAAGGCCACCACCCUGACCAUCACUGACUGCCCCUGCACUGUCACCAAGCCCGUCCUCACCUCCUCCAUCGUCAAGUGCGAGAACUGCGCCGCCCCCACCAAGAACGGCACCAUCCCCGUCGCUACUCCCGCCCUCAGCAAGACCACCGUCGCCGGCACCGCCGCCAUUACCCCCACCAAGCCCGUCUCCGUCCCUACCGCCGGUGCUGGCAAGGCCGCUGCCCUCUCUGGCGCCGGUCUGGCCGGUGUCCUCGGAUUCGCUGCUUUCGUCCUCUAAAUCAAUAUUCACGUCUCGCCAUCCACGUCUCCCCCUACGAUCUUUGACGUACGAUAAUAUUUUAAUUUUCGUGGGGAGCCUACGACACCUAAUGACUGGAGCGCGGUUGUGAACCCAUCCGAUACGCAAUCGACUUGAUGGGUACUUUUUUUGGAUGGGAGUUUUGGGAGUCUCCUUGGAUAGGGAGAGCUUGGGAAUGGAUCCCAAAAAACGACGGAGAAAGGAAACGACACGCCCACAGAAUACCCGGUACAUUUUCUUGCCUGCAUGGCGCCAUGGAGUUUUCAACCACGGGAACGUCCAAGCCAUGCAGUAAACUCACACCUGUCAAUACUGCAACUUCUUGUACUUGCUUUGCAAACAAACCUUCGCCCCAACAACGGUUUUUUAUGGCUCGGUAUUUCCGUCAAAUCGCCAAUUGAGGAUUAUAUCCGUGUGUGUGUGCGGUACAUACCAUCCUCUUUUUCUUCAUUUUCGAGAGGCUUAGAAAAUGGGAAUAUAAUGCGACCAUGAUAGGUUAUUCUUCAACUGUCUCGUCUUUACUCGCGGCAGAGUAACCUGUUUGACCCAAUUCACAUCAUAUUCUCCUCUCGCCUGACGACUGAAUACUCAUUCUCAUGUGUAUCACGCCCUACUGCCAAAACGAACUGCCGUGUAAUGUGUAUGAGUCCAACUGUCCAAAUGUGCUGUUGCUAGCCCAUCACUCCGACGUGACGUCAAGUGAAUGGAUGAUUUCAUAAUUGUAGGGAGCUUGACUAUAUCGGAGAAUUUCUUAAGCUAUGCCCGCUUGCCCUGGGGAUGAUACGACAUUGCUGUAAGCAUUCGGACCUCUGUCCGUUCAAGAAGUUCCUCGCAGGUUAGUAUCCCGAAGAAGCAGAAUUACACAAGCGGUCUCCGGGAUCCGGAACUCCAUGUACGUCUAGUCUACUUCAGGCGAGCAAGAGCAUUAUCACAUUAUCGGAAACUCGGUGACUCUUUGUUUGGGGAAUAACAAAAAGGCUGUGACGACGAAAAUAGGUUCAAGACAACCAAGGACGCCGGAAUGGAAAUAGUCUAGCAAUAGCGCGGAGCUUGAUGUGAGGUCCCCCCC